AUGGCCUCUCGUCUGCCCUCGGACCCCCGAGAAGUUCCUCCAGGCUCUAUCCUGCUCGUCGUUCACGAUUUCAUCGCCCGCAGCCCCGACGAGCUGAGCCUGGCCAAGGGCGACCGCAUCGAACUCAUCGAGCGAGACGAUGACUUCGGCGAUGGCUGGUUUCUUGGUCGCCACAUGACCAACAGUGCCACUGGCCUGUUUCCUGAAGUCUACACUACUCCUGCCCCGAGAGGCACUCUCCUAACUACCCAGCAACCCCCAGCCCGUCGCAACGAUGCAUUCCAACCCAGCAGGCCCCAGACUGCUGCUUCGACCGCCUCUUCGCAAUCCGCCAAUUCUCUCCCCGCUCAGCGCGCAUCACAACACAACUCGGUCAUGCACGAAACUCUAAGCGUCAUCGACGAGCAUAUCACCGACAUGCGCACCCCGCGCGAGAACCCUCUGACCAACAUACGCAGCCAUGAUACGGAUAGCGUUUACAGCUCACACGCUCCCAACCGCUUGUCUUACAUCAACGGCCGCGAGACUGACGAUGAGGAAAACCAGCUACACACCGAGGCUGAAGUCAUCUUGUGGUCUCCCGUGCGCGUCGCUGAAUACCUCGAAGAUCACGGCGUCGAAAAGUCGCAUUGUGACACUUUUCGCGAGCAAGAAAUUUCUGGAGAGGUUCUUCUGUCCCUGGAGCAGUCGGCCAUCUUUAUCAAAGAGUUUGAACUGGGUUCUGUGGGACGGCGUCUGAAAACGUGGCAGAAGGUCAAGGCCCUCCAGGAUGAAGUGCGCCAAAGCUCGACCAACGUCCCUAGGAGUGUAUCCGAAUACUCGGCCGCCGGCGACGAUAUGCCGGCCGAGGCUGGAAGAAGACGGAGCCAGAGCGUGACGGCCUCGCCGUACAGACCUGUCAGUACCAUAGCGACUCCGUCCAUGACCUUCACUCGGCCAGACAAUACCCAACGUCCCUCGGCCGCUUCCAUACGCAGCCUCAACCAUUCCCGCAGGCACUCGUCCAUGGGGUCCAUCGACAGCAUGAAUCGCUACUCGCACCAAAGGCAGUCCUCUGUUGGUACAACCUCCGCAGCGCCCGCAGCCACUCGACGUCUCUCAGUUGCUCAUGAACCGUCGGCCGACCUCGGGGCCGCCAUCUCGCAGACGGAUGGAGGCGUCGGUGAUUAUGGCUUUGGAUCUAUCUCUUCGCCCAUCGAUCUGGACCGCGGUUACUUCUCUGGAAACGAGGUCGAUGCUCGCAACAAGCGCAACGUUUUGCAGAAGAAGUCAACGUCAGCCCAUACCAGAAACAUAAGUGCUGCCACUGAUUCUGCUCGCCAUAGCGCUUCGUACAGGAAUUUCCCUCGGAUGUCCAGUGUCGAAUCGAUGCGCGAGCCUGCUUCGCCAAUCAUGUCCCCUGCGUCCAGCCAGUUCUCGUUCAACAAGCCUGCUAAUAGCCGCGCUGUCAGCAGUCCACACUCCGCAGUCAAACCCUUAGCACCCAUCCACCAACCUGUGUCACCCAUCGUCACUCGACUAGAUCAGACAUUGGCCGACAGCGAUAACUCUUCACUUAAUCCCUCACCUUCGCCUGCUUCAAACACUCGAUCUUUCUUUUCCAAACCUCGCAUUGGCGGCGGCCUUCGGAUAGCCUCUGAUGCCGUUACCCAAAGCGAGAAGAAGCAGAGCGCUUUGAAGCACGAGCCUCUCGCUUCUCCUGCUCGCACUGGCUCCACCACACCUUCAACCGAGACUCGUUCUUUCGAUCUGCAAAAGUCAGACAAUCAAUCUCGAGUAUCAACCGGUUCUUCGAGCGCUCUUGCCCCACCCGCACCUUCUACGCGGCCUAGGCCAAAAGUGAAGAGCAAGAAGUCAACAUCGGCAUACACCCGUGGUCUCGAGAAGAAGGCGCCGGCUGAACAGAUUGCCGAUUGCGACUACAGCGGAUGGAUGAAGAAGAAGUCUUCGAGCUUGGUAGGCUCGUGGAAACCUCGUCUGUUUGUACUUCGUGGUCGGAGGUUGUCGUACUACUAUUCCGAGAACGACACCGAAGAGAAAGGCUUGAUCGACAUUUCAUCCCACCGCGUCCUUCCUGCCGAGAACGAAAAAAUGACAGGCUUACACGCUGCACUCACGGGUGCCGGGUCAUCUCCCAUGGUGCCACAAGGUACUGUAGCGCCAUCAGCGGACGGCCAAGGUCUUUUCAUCUUCAAAUUGGUCCCUCCACGCCAAGGGCUGAGUAAAGCUGUCAACUUUACAAAACCGACCGUACACUACUUUGCCGUGAACAGUAGGCAAGAGGGUCGAUUGUGGAUGGCUGCACUUAUGAAAGCUACGAUUGACUAUGAUGCUUCGAAUGGUAAGGUCACGACAAGCUAUAGUCAGAACACAAUAUCCCUCUCAAAAGCACGCGCACGCAACGAGCGCCCACCCGCAUUACAAGAUACGGUGGCCACACCUAAACUUGUCCACGAACUGGAAGAUUCAUCCAGGCCUAUAUCCAGUGGUCUGGGUAUCGGUGGCCUUGAUGAGGCUCAACCAGGAGCCGAACAGAAUGGCAGCCCAAAUGAGUCGACGACGUAA